UAAAAUAAAUGAAAUCACAAAUAUACCGGAGAUAAAAAUAUACAAUGGCCGAAAAGAAAGAAAAGAUUGAAUAUUUAGUCGCUGAUACUACAGCUUUUAUUAAUGCAGUUCAGCUAAAUGAUUAUGCUAAAAACGUUUUAACCGUCCCAGAUGUUAUUAAAGAGGUGCGUAAUAAACGUCAAAUCCGUCGGCUUUGUGUGUUACCGUUUGAUUUGCAAGUACGAGAACCUCGUACUGAUAGUAUAAAACAUUGUGUUGAUUUUGCAAAAAAGACUGGUGACUAUGCCAGCCUAUCUGGUAUCGACAUUAAGGUUAUUUCGUUAACAUAUGAACUAGAAGUUGAUAAUGUUGGCUCUGCACAUUUGCGUACGGAACCUGUUAUAUCAAAAACAAUAGCAUCUAAGGAAAAGCCUGAAGAGUUCCAAGAGAAUUCUAAUCUAGCAGGUUGGUAUAAUCCGGAAGGUGAAGAGGAAUCUAGUAGUGACGAUGAUGAUGAAGAUGAAUAUUCUCAAACUGUUAAUCAUGUCAACGACAAAGAUGCCGUCAAAAGUUUGAUAGAAGAUCAAAUAAAUGGUGUAAACGGCAACCAAGGUCUUAAUGAUGAAAUAACACAAGAAGAACUUGAUAAAUUCUUUGAAAAGUUAAACUGUAAUGUUGAUGAUAAUAAUGAAGUUUGCGAUUUACUUGUACCAAAAAGCAAGGAUCCACUAGAUCAACAAAUUCUUAGGGACGGUGAAUCUAAAUCAAUUGAUGAAAAUGACGACACACCAAAUCAACACGCUGAACAGAAAACAGAUGAGUGUGAUAGCAUUGAAGGUGGUUGGAUUACACCAUCUAAUAUUAAAAAGGUGAAAAAAAGCUUAGAAGGUAAAGUGGAAUCUGAUGUUGUUCCUGUAGUCGCAUGUAUGUCAACAGAUUAUGCACUUCAGAAUGUUUUAAAACAAAUGAAUUUGCAAAUUUGUGCGCUUGAUGGUCGUGUAAUUAAACACUUACGCACCUAUAUAUUACGAUGUUAUGCCUGUUUUAAAACAACAAGUAUAAUGACAAAAGUUUUUUGUCCAAACUGUGGCAAUAAAACCUUAAAACGAGUUGCUGUUAGUCUGGAUGAGAACGGGAAGCAAGUAAUUCACAUAAAUACACGCCGUCCCCUAACCUCUAAAUAUAAGAACCAAAGCUUACCAAGAUUCCAAGGAGGAAAACAUUCUCGUAACCCAAUACUAUUUGAAGACCAGCCUAUACCGAGACAGAUGCCGUCACGUGUAGCUAAGACCAAGACCAAUGCUUUAGACGAAGAUUACAUUGCCGGAUUUUCGCCUUUCGUCAUGCGUGACGUAGAUUCAAAAUCUGCUAUGCUGCGUUCUAAAGGCAACCUUAAGGAAUGGGCUAGGAAUAACACAUUUGAAGAAGAUCGGCGAAGAAAACAUUACAAUAGAGUUUAUAAAUAGAUUUCAUAGUUAAAAUA